GCCGGGCGUCUCGACGCGGCAGCACGUUGCGUCGGGGUAUUCAGCACGCGACUUUGGUCCCAUAAUUCAGUGUGUGCAUCCUCGAUCUCUCUUCCUGUCUCUAUCUUUUUCUCUUCAUUCAUUCCUCUGAUUAUCUAUCGCUCCUUUCUCGCCAAUUCUUGGGGAUUCUUCACGGACGUCCAUCCGGUCACCCCGCGUCGCCCUCGCCUGCUCGAGGGUUCGCGAUCGGACCCGCCCACCCGCGCGCGAGUGACUUUCCCCUACCCCCUCCGACGCCGAUUGCUCCUCUCCUUCCCUCCCUCCCUCGAUCGCGCAGGAAAACAGCGUCGCGACGCGUGCAGUCGCGUCCGCCGAAGUCCCGAAUCUGGGAGCGCUUUUCGGGACCGGCGAGAGAAGGCCGUUUACAAGGGCUCGGCACGGGCUGAUUUUCUCGGCGGUUCCUUUUUUUCUUUCUAUCCCAUUGUUCCCCGUUCUGCACCCCGUUCGCGCACGGCGGGACCUGUCAUGGGGGAGGAUCUGCCCUCCGGAGACGCCCGGCACGGUUAGUUCCAGGUGAAACCGAAGGUGCGCCAGGUAUCGGCGCCACCGCCGGAGGAUUGCGAGUGACGUUUACAACGUUCCGACGAAUUUCGGCGAAAGCCUCGCCGAUCGACGGCGAUCGGUCGUGCGUUUGCGUCGAGCAGUAGUCACAAUAUUCACGAAGGGUGACACGUCGCGCGUUCCCUCCCAGCGCCGGGACGGCCCGUAAGGGCGCCGAUCGUGACGGUGGAGGGUGCUACGCACCCCAGUGGUCCAGUGUGCGAUCCAUCCGAUCUCGACUGUGACGAUUAUCGUGAUCAUCGUGAUUCAUGCUAAUCGCUAAAAAGUGUCGUGCCGGAUUAUUUUAUUGCAUCGAUAGUCUUUGACAGUGAUUUACGGAAGAAGGAUUACGAGGAAAGAGUCAUAAGUGACGUGUAGUGACGUUUUGUGGACCGAUCGAGAGUAUUUUGGAAGUGACUGGUUAUGGCCGUGACGAGAUCGAUCUCGAUCUUCCGGAUGGAUGGUGGCGGUAGCGAGGACAUUAGGGGUUCGCGGAGGUGCAAUCCACGGGCGGGGGUGAGAUUCGGCGAUCGCCGAGCGUCUAGGGGAUCGUCCGGUGUUGAAGGUGGAUCGGUUAUGGCGACGCGCGGUGGUUCCGGCAAAUUUCUUCUGGUUGGCGCUGUUCUGGCCAUACAGUUUGUUGGCGCGGCGGCGAUAUCCAGCAAGGCCACGAGCAGCGACAUCAGAGUGGAAUUCAAGAUGCCAACAGAGGCCGUGGUGGGUACCUCGGUCGAUCUCAAGUGCGAGUGGCGAAUACUGGGUGUGAGCAAUCUCUAUUCGGUCAAAUGGUACAAGGAUGAUCACGAGUUCUUCCGAUAUGUGCCGGACAACAACCCGAAAACUCAGAUGUUUCCUCGACUCGGCGUGAAAGUCGAGAAGAGAUCGAGCAGCGAGAAAUCGAGCAACCAGAAAUCGAUACGGUUGAAGGACCUCGUCCUGGAGAGCUCAGGACAGUACAAAUGCGAAGUCUCCACCGAGGCGCCGUUCUUCGCUACCACUUUCCAGACGGCCAAUCUGACGGUAAUUUCGCUUCCGGAGAGGGGACCGGAAAUCACGGGCCUGUCCUCGCACUACGCCGUCGGCGAGAACGUGACUGCCAACUGCACCUCCUGGCCGUCCGUGCCUAAGGCCAAUCUACGUUGGACCAUCAACGGCGAACCGGUGCCACACGAGUACACUGUCCAGUAUCCUCCGCUGGCGCCCAUGAGUACCGGGGGCAUCCCGAACAGUCUAGGAUUGCGAUUGGAGGUCGAGCCGCGGCAUUUUGUGGGCGGCGGCCUGGUCAACAUCAAAUGCAUCGCGCAGGUGGGCUCGCGGAGCUACAACGAGGAGCGUAGGGUGCUGAUGGCGUACGUGAACAACCAAAGGCUCAGCGCCGGCGAUCACAUGCACGCGGCUGCACGCAGCAUCCGCUCAGGCCUCCUCGCACCGUUGCUCACGGCGAUUCUCGCGCUCAUCCUGCUCACGACGUGACCUACCGGCCUCCUAGCGUGAGUCGGCCUCCUCGUCGCACGGGAAUUACGUUGCAACACGCGCUUGUGGAACGCGCCGCGGGUUCAAUGUCAGUUGUCCGAUCCUUAUAUAUAAAAUUAGGCUUAGCGAUUAAGCGACGAUCCAUCGGCGAUCGGUUCGCUCUCGGUCCGACCGCGCUCUCGCGUCCAGCGGCGAUCCGCGUCAUUCGUGAGGAAGGAUCAAGGGAGACACGCGCAAAAGAUGAAAUCUUGUCGAGAUGCAGACGUUUGUAACGACGACGAAGGAAGAUGUUUUUCUCGUUCGUUGCAAUUUUUUGUGUGUAUUAAUUAUUCCGUGAUUUUUAAGAGUUGCUUUAGUGAACAUUAUCGUCGUACUGUUAUUGUAUAUUAAUGACUUUAUACUUGAAUUAUUGAUUUGUGUAAGGAGAUGCUUUGCAAGAGAUUGUUCGAAGUAGCGCGCCGGUAAUUUUAUAGACAGGAGCUAGUUGGACGAGCACCCCUCCGCAUAUUUUAAACGACUUUAUAGAUCGGUAUUCCCCGUUCGGUGGAUACUUAGUCGAAGUUUUCCCGUAAUCUUCGCGACGGCCCCUCUCUCUCUUCGAUUUCUCCUUAUCAUAUUUAACUCCCAAUCCUUUUUAACGAGUUUCGGGGUCCGCGGAACUCUUUAAAGUUCCCUUUGAUUGCGGCUCGCACAGUCGUCAUUAACUUCUCAUUCAAGUUUGAAAAUUUUACUGCGAAUGCCACUAGCCAGAUAGCGCAAAGUUGUCGAAUAACAAUCAGCGGUAUCUCGACAAUUCAAAUUCGCGAGAUACGUAAUAUUGGACGUCAUAGUUUCCUGAAUCUCGAAAAAAACAUUUUUGAGAUUCUUGAACAUCCGCAUGUCGUCUAAUGGAAAUUUGGAAAAGUCGCGUUUAAUUCGCGUUUGAUUGUGUCUGUUCGUAAUAAAGCUCGUUCCAGUUUAUGGUCUCACAAUUACCGUCAUGGGACUCAGAUAGAACUACCACCGUACCUCAUACGGCGUACAUGGCGUAUCGUAGAGAUAUAAAUUCCGGUACAGCGCGUGCAAAUUCCGUUUUACGACACGCGUGAGAUUAACUACCGAAACGCAUAUAAGUCGCCGCGCCGUUGCGAAACGCGCCUGCGAAUUAUCUACAAAUCGAUAAGCGGACUUGCCGUGUCCGGCACUGAUAAAAUGAGAUUAAUAAAUCGAAUAUUUCACAUUGCAAAAUCGUAUGUGUGCGUGCCGGCAGUUACACAUACGAAUAAUAAUUUUCAUUGAAAGAGAGAAGCUCUGCUGUAGAAUCGCGUAAAAAUUUAACUCACGAUAAUACCGACAAAAACAAUUUAUACGCUGUUGGCACGAUGUGAAUAAUGGCUCAAUAAUAGCAUCGGAAAUUCAAGCGAUUGUCUCGCACGAUAUUUACUUCACCGUAAUGAAAAUAUAACGUGUAUAAAAUAUCGUUCAAUUCAAAAUUAAUGUAUAAACGCCGGCGCGCGGGGUUCAUUUAGCAAAAGUCUAAUUAACAAAGCAAUGGAAUUUUGUUUGAACAUUUUUAAAAGUCGAUUUGGCUCACGCAGUAUGAUGCAUUGUUCUAUUCAAGAAUGCAACUAUUGUUUUGGCGCAACAAUAAUAUUGCGUAACAAUAAUGUUACGCGGAAUAUAUUUGCAUGCGAUCAUGAAGCAACAUGGAAUUUUUCGUGAAUUUACAAUUGUGCCGGAUAUUUGGCGAAUUUUUGGACGCGGCACGAUCGUCCGACGAAUCCGACGGAUUUUCACUUCGGCGGGUGUAGCCCGGCUGUUGCAGUUUCACGUGUUUCGUCGCUGACGACAAAAGGCGUUUGGUCGCGCGAGCGCGAAGAAAAGGGGAAAAUCCUGAGCGAGAGAGGAUUUCGCGAGGGGCGGUCCAUUCGACUGCUCCUCGGAGAAGACGCUAUAAAAGACGAGCAAGCGUGACAGGAAAGUAAGAGAAUGCGAGUGAGAGAGCAAGUGCGAGACGGAGAAAGUGAAACAAAGUUCGCGCGAUCGUGCAGAAGCAAAGAGAAAAAGAGCUGCAGGACGUGCAGGGAGAAACGUUGUGUGUGACCGAAGCGGAAACGCAAAGUUUGACUUCAAGAAUGAAAGUAGGUGUGAUAUUAUAGUAUCUAAGGCGCGACUCGUCGCUCCUUUAAAGCGGCCAUCUUUGCAUUUGAUUUUCCAUCUUUGUGUGAUAACAAUCUAUCAUGGAAUAAUUAUUUCCUCAGCGACGUUUGUGCAAUGUAAUCGUACAAAUUUACAAAAUCGCGCUGCAAUAUGUGCUCCGCGUUAUCUAAAAUUUUGCGCAAGCUUUAACAAUAAAGCGCGCACUUUACACGCACGCACACACACACACACUACGCACUUUUAUCUUGAUCCAAAUUUAUUCAAGUCAUUCCGUUCGCAGCUGGUUCCUGCUCGAUGCAAAAAAGAAAAUGCAAAGUCGUAAAUUACUGUAAGAUGGCCGGCUUUCGAAAGAAGGCGAGUGACUAAUGGGAAUAAAUGCGGAAGCAAGAGAGCGUUUGCUUCAAGCGCGAGUGAAAACGUGAGAAUGAGCGCGACUGGCCUCGCCGCACAUAUCACAUCACACCGACACACUUUAAUACGUGCUUAACACACUGACACAUUACGCACACCUACACUCACACAUGCACGCGCGCAUAUACGUCUGGAUUAAGAGAUGGAAGGAGGAACCAACCCCCACAGGGUGCGCAGGAUACGCAUAUAUCACGAGACGGUUUCCUUUUGAUCGCUAUCGCUCAUCGAGCCGAGCGCGUUAUUUAUCGGCCGUAAUAAUUUACGAGUUCACGCGCGGAGAGAGAGAGAUUCGUGCUGCAGCGCGCGUAAACGUCAUUUCCGGUGCGGAGGAUAUUCGCGGGCGAACUUUCGUGCCUGUGUUACGCGCGUGUUACAUUCCCGCGGAACCGAGAACAUUUUUGGCGCGCAUAUUCGUGGGUGCCAACAGUGGGGAAGAGGGUGCAACGGAAGUGCCGAGAACAUUUUUCUCGCCUAUCGCUCUUCCGAUCCGACACAUUUAUGCGCGCGACGAGAGGUUCGUCGGAAAAUGAUGAUAAACCGCUGUUUCUUGCGUGCAGUCCAGUACUAUUAAGGAUCUCUACGGAGAUACGGGGAUCCUGCACUUCUUUUAUGUGUAUAAUCCAUUUACGUAUCUCGAAAAUUGAACGCGAAGAGACGUUAGGUGAUGCUCUUGCCGAAUAUUUCGAGCGAGAAACGUUCGGGACUUCGUAGACUCGCGUCUUUGCUGUUAUGUGCAUAUGCAUACGCCCAUUCACCGAAGAUGUUCCCUUACAUGUUUCCGCAAUCAAUAAACAUUUCAGUUUUAUGGCUCUAUAAAAUACGGGCGGGACUGAAGUUUGCAGAGGCGGGACAGCUUAUUCUCUUUCGCGAAGUACGGAUUUAUUGCACUUGCAACGACGCUUCGUUAACGAUAAACCAUUCGUCAGAACGCCCCGGGUUUGCAAUAAAAGCAAUUCGCAUAAUCUCGCUUUGCAACUGCUUGGAUCAACUUAGAUUGAAUCAUCGUUUAAUAAUUACGAACUCGUUAUAUGAAAUUCCAACACGCUCGCGUUUGUUAAAACUAUUAUUAUUUGCAACAUAUCAACGCAAAAUUCGUCGCUAAUUCGGUAUUGGCAAGGUUAAUCCAAUUGAGUAACUUGCGUGCGUUCGAAUUUAUAUUUGCCAUUUCUUGUAUUAUUAUUGCCAGACUCAUUUCCCUAAUUAAAUAAUUUAAUUGAGAUAUUAUUUUCUUUUCUGCGAGCCCUGUUAAUACACUGUCCCUGUCCAAGCGGUGGUAUUGAAUACAUGUUUUAAUAUCUACUUAGCGAAUAAUUCGCAAAUAACGUCGAGUAUGAUAAUUCCGAGAUUACAUCCGAGCCGCGUCAGCGGAAUUACGUGAUUGUAACGCUUAAACAAUACCAAUCGAUCGCAGCCGAUCGUAAGUUACACCCUCCCUUCAUCGAAAGUUCCUGUAUUUGCUUAACGUUAUUGGUGUCGCGAAACGCAGCUGGUCCCAAGUGAACGUCUAAAUCGACAAUGGUAGGAAUUUUCUUCGCCGCGGCCUCGAUCCGAUCGAUAUCCCAAUUUUACGGCCCGUCGAAUCGCGAAAGCCAGAGGCAGACUCGAGGAUCCUCUUUGGUGUGCCGGCUAGAUCCUCCGCGUUCUCCAGAAAGACUUAAAUGGAUUCCUAGCGGAAACUUAGACGCAGCAAACGGUUUCUGUUUCGAGAACGGAAAACUACUUCCUUCAAAAUUUCCGCGUGUAGGAAUUUCUAUAUAUUUGCGUUGUGAUGCGAAACAUUGGAAAUUCUUGAUCAAAUUCAUUACUGACAUAUGGAAAUGAUCAGAUAUAUUUAUAUGCAUAUAUGAAGAAAGAAUAUGUGAUUUCAAAAGACAUUGUAUGAAAGGGAGAGAAAAUUUGUAUAACGUACUAUAAAUAAAUGUGACGAUAAUUAAUAAUUCUACUUGAAAGAAAUAAGUAUUUAAUCCAGAAGAGAAUUGUUCGAAAACUGCCUGGAAAGCAAGCUUUAUAAUAUGAGGAGAAUGAGAAACUGAAAGAUUUAUCUACAAAGGUAUUUUGAUAGUGCAGGCCGAUAUUUCAAUUUUACAGUCUGUCGAGCACCAGAAUUCGGGGACGCGCGAGACUUCAGCUGGAGAAUGUCCUCGAGAUCCCGGUCGGAUCCCGCAAAUUUGCGUCUCGUCGUGGAAUCCUUCACCGGAUUCCUCGAGAAAACUUUCUUACCUCUCUCCGUGCGUUACUGAAUCCGACUUUUACGGAUGGAGCAAAGCUCGAAACGGUAUUUCCUAGGAAAUUUACGGAUCCGCUUCCAUUUCCCCUGUUUGUCGUCAAUUAGAUAUGAACUCAUGCAAAAUUCAUACCUCGAAUGUUAUCUCGAAAACUGCCUGCCUCUUCUCAAAAUAUUCUAACGUUCUCCGAUUUGCCGUGAUUCUCGAUGUAUCUCUUACCGACGUAAGCAUAAAAAAGACGUAUGCAGCUACAGUCUGCCUUGAUUCCAGACAAAUCUUGAGAAUAAAACCUCUGCCAUUCAAGGAAACACUGCCAUGAUAAUUAUGCAUAUUCAGACGUAUACUAGAAGAGAAUUUUGUAAGAAAUUUUGAGUAACUUUUUUUUAGCGAGUCGGUGUUCCGAUCAAAACUCAUCGCGUUAACAUUUAACAGAAGAAACACGAGAUACCGGUUUCCUCAAAGAAUGAUCUAUAUUUAAAAAUCGUUUUCUUUUAACAAAAAAGAAAAGAGAAUUUCUGUUUAAUGCAGAGCUAUUGUUUAGCUCGGAACGGAUCUGCCUGCAUAUGCCUGUGCACGUCGCUUGGGUUAACACAGUCGUAAACAUUUCCUCUGUUCGCCAGGCUCUAUCCGAGCCGGCGAAUCCGAUAAAAUCGUGGAUCGAAGAGCAAAGCGGAAUCUCUUUGUGCGGGCACGAUCGAUACCACGAUUUUAUAGACUGGCGAGCACCGAAAGCCCGCGAAAAGCUUGCGUAGUCGAAAUGCGCACUCCGUUUCGCACGUUCGAUUUCUUUCGUUCGUCGAAUGUGCACGCGAAUCCCGCAUCGCGCUACAAAGUACGACAGCGUUAAAAAGUCCAGGGAAUAUACGGCCGGUACAUUUUUGCACCAUCGCUGCAAUAGUGGCUGUACCCGCGCCUCUAAAUCGCACAAAAGUUUCGACGCGGUCAUUGAUCGGGUCGAGUUAUUGAUUAUCACCAUGGAUCGAACCUUCCUCCAGGCGCACCCCGCGGAUUACACGCAGCACACUCACACAGAGAAACCAGACACACGUAGUCACACAUGAAACGUACAUACGCUGCCGGUCUACGAGAGCGUUAGAUAGGAAAUAAAGAGCCCCUCUAGCGAUACGCGUUUAACAUGUAAAUCGAUAAAGUAUUAAUUUAAUUAAUUCAACUGUUAAUCCCCCUGUAAUUAUAGGAGAGCGCCCUCGCGAGCCACGAUCAAAUCUCAUUAGUACGUGUAGCGUAUUUAAAAGGUAUUCGUUCGAUGUAAUCGUGGAUCGCGAAGGUCCGCGAGCACCUGAAGAGGAAAGGACCGUGGGGUUACGAUCGAGUUGGAUUAAACUUUCCUGAAAAUUCGCGCGGGAUCCCCAAUUAUCCCCGAUUGCAUUAAGAAUUGUCAGCUUUCCGAAGCAGCGGUGAGGCGACUUUGCCAAUAAAAUGAAAUUAACGUGUCUACCUCUCUCUCUACUUUCUUCCGGAUGGUCAGAAUUAUAUUAAUUUGUGCUAACUUGUUCCCCGUUCGGGUAAGUUCAGAUCUGGUCCCAAUCCGCCACGUAAAAUUGCCGAAUCUAUGAAUAAAAUACGACCAUCUGUAAAAUUUGUCCGAAAUCUAGCGUAAUAGGACGGUAAAAUCCAACGCGACGGGAAUCCACCCUCCGGUCGUCGCAUUUCGUAUUUUCGAGCUCACGGAUGCACUAUUACGGUUUAUGGCAACCCGAGAGUAAAAAUUUUGCUAGGAACACUAUAGUUGUAAACGUGAUCACCAUGAAAGAUUAAAGUAAUAUUAUAUAAGAAAUUUGUGGCGCACGUACGUACUCAUGCAAGGUACUCCACGAUAUUUCUUAUAUUCAUAACAAAGUUUUUACUAAAUCCAAAAAUUUCUUCUCUCCAUCAAAAGAUGAAUUUCAUGGAAAUUUUAAUCAGGAGUUAAUCUUAUAUUGAACAUAUUUUUUGAUAUUAGUCAUAGCUAAAUUUUUAUUUAUCAAGAUAUUGUUACAAGAUAUUUAAAAACAAAAAUUGAAAAGAUAUCGCGCAAAUUGUCUCCACUGCAGAUUACAAAGAAAAAAAGAAAGAUCAAGUUGAAAUUCACGAGAAAUGUGAAACUCUUCAUUGAGAAAAAGCAGCGAUGAGGCAUCCUGUGCAUACGUGCGCACACAAGAGAGGUGAUCUCGCGCGCGCGAAGCGGGGAGUACUCAAUUAAUUAUCACGAUUAAGGGCAGUCGGCGAUUAGCAUAAUUGACCAUACACCAUGGUGCGAGCGUGGGAGGUGAGAACGGUAUUCUUCGUGCAAUGUAAGUAUAUACAUAAUGUAAGGACCCCCGGGAAGAGAGAGAGAAUUUGACCGCGUGUAAACGCGUGGGCAGUAUGCGCGCAAUGUGCACGCGCGUGCCGGCGUGCCUGGGAAGCGCGGUUAGGUGUUUAAAGUGUAAUAUGCACAGGAACGCGUUUAUGUACGUUUAUGUAAGUAACAUUAAUUGUAAGAUAAAUAUAUAUUGAUGAGAAGAAAAGAUUCAAAGAUUAUAUAUAUAAAUAUAAAAAUAUAGAUAUAUAUAUAUAUAUACAUAUAAUUAUAUAUUGCAAUAAUUGCCACUGUAAGUUGUCGGAGUGUUUCACGCGUACAUUAUAUAUAUAUAUAUAUAUAUAUAUAUAUAUAUAUAUAUAUUAUUAGAUAUAUUUUAUAGGUUAGACUAUACGUUUUUGCUAAAUCGGCGAAUCGAACGACGAACUUAUUACGACAGCGUACGUUUUAUCGAUAUUAUAAUUAUCAGAAGGAACAAUGCUUUCCUCUUAUCUCUCUCUUUUUCCAGCUUUUCCUCGGCGCAUCUGAGUACGUAUCUACUUACUCUAUUGUGUUUUACUGUGAUAAUACGUACUAUUCGUUGAUGUCUGUGUCUUCGUAAGCUUUAUAUCUCUACGUUUCUCUCCGAUAAAUUACGUCAUUCGCUCGUCCCGUUACAUAGAUUUUACUUAGAUUUAUGUCACGUCGAAAUAGCUGUGAUUUACCGAUUGAUUUAUAAUUCCUUAUUCUCUUAGGAACAUCACUACGAUAUAGCAUAUUAAAUAAAUUGGGCGAAUUAAACACGACUUCGAAUCACAAACGCACCGAUCUCUCGUUUCUUCGUCCCUCAUCCAAGAUCAUGUGCCACCUCAGGAAGCAAUUCUGUCUCUUAUAUUUUUUAAUUUAAUUAAGUUUCUAAUUUAAUAAAUAAAAAGAUAUCAGUUCCUAAUUCUAUUAAUUUUAUUCUUGUUUUCCAAUUUGGAGAAACUUGUCUUGGAGAUAAUAUAACUCGAUGAUACGAUAGUACGAGACCAUACGGAUUGUCACGGACACCGUCAUAUUAUCUUCGCUAUGUCAUAUGCAAAUAUACACUUAUUGCCAUUGUUUCUUGCGAAGAGCCGAAAUACGGUACUGAGACGAAACGCAGAAACGCAGUCUCGAGCAGUCGUAAAAACAACCAACGUGACCGGAGCAUAACGCGCGCGACGAAGAUUACGGAAAGAAAACGGAAGCGGAUUCGGCAUAAUGCGGACUGGCGCAGACGCUCUCGGGCGUGUGCACAUUAUUUUUGCGCUCACCGCGGGGCGUCCUGGAAAGGAUGUGCAUUUGCAUGCAAUUCUGCGCUCGCAAAUACCUAUAUACGCUCGCGAGUACACACGUGUAAACCUACGUACGAAAAACAGCGCUCGCAUUCUAAAUGAUGCCGGUACAUGCGGAUGCAAUUUAUACAAUAAAUAUAUGCGCGUGUGUAUGAAAUAUCUCGGAAUUAUUGCAUAUUUCUUUGCAUACAACGAGCACUAAGUAGCAAAAUCAAAUACGAUAAUUUUACUUUAACGUGAAGCGUUAAUAAUUAUUUAUUGCUAAAGAUGGCUU